ACGUGUGGAUGUGCGGGUGAAUAACACGGCUAUCAUAUCAUAUCAUCGUGCCCCGAAAAGCCGGCGCCGGCCCCGGCCCGCUCAGCGACCAGGUAGGAGCUGCUUAAUAUAAUUCUAAUUCCAGUGAAUUUGAUUUUGUCUUGACACUGGAAACAUGUUGGAAGGCUUGGAUACCCAACGCACUUUGCUGGCCGUGGAGCGGUUACAGGCUAAACUACGAGAAAAAGGGGAUGCUGCAAAUGAAGAGAAGCUGAGCUUAUUGAGAUCUGUGCUGCAGAGCCCUCUCUUCAACCAGAUCCUGAACCUGCAGAGCUCUGUUCAACAGUUGAAAGAUCAGGUGAAUAUCACACCAUCUUCUGUACGCUCAAACAUUGAUCUUUCUCAAGCAUCUGGUUCACCUGUCACUUUGGCUUCUUCUCCGCUAAAUGAAUCCUACAUGAUUGCUCAACAGAAUGGAAUUAAAGAAGUUGAUCAAGAACCUCCAGUGCAGCCUGGUUCCCCUUAUGUUAACGGCAAGCAGCCCAAUGAAGAGUUUGAGCAGAUUUUGAGAAAAAUGUCUCAUGGCCGACCAGUUGAAUACAUAAAUCUGGUGAAACCGCCCUGUGGUUUGGGGUUCAGUGUAGUAGGACUCAAGAGUGAACAUAAAGGAGAACUGGGGAUCUUUGUCCAGGAAAUCCAAGAAGGCAGUGUAUCUGCAAGAGAUGGCAAACUAAAAGAAGCAGACCAAAUCCUUGCUAUCAAUAGACAGCCUCUGGACCAGAGUGUCACCCAUCAACAGGCCAUUGGCAUCCUGCAGAAAGCUACUGAACAGGUUCAGUUGGUGAUUGCCAGGGGAUCCAUUUCACAUUUAUCCAGUCCAGUGAUUUCACGUACACCAUCAGAUGCAAGUACACUUUCAGCACAUUCUUCUACAGUCAAUUGGCAGAUUGUUGAAAGUAUAGAGUUGGUUAAUGAUGGCUCUGGUUUAGGAUUUGGAAUUGUAGGUGGAAGAACAACCGGUGUUGUUGUGAAGACCAUUUUGCCUGGAGGAGUUGCUGACAGGGAUGGCCGACUUCAAAGUGGGGAUCAUAUUCUCAAGAUAGGAGAUACAGACCUCAUGGGGAUGGGUAGUGAACAAGUGGCACAAGUGCUACGGCAGUGUGGAAAUCGUGUUAAAUUGGUAAUCGCACGAGGGGCUAUAGAAGAUUCCUUGGCUGCUGCCCCCCAAGGACUUCCUGCUCUACCAUCUGUACCACCGGUAGCAGAAGAGCCUGAACCAGCUUUCUCUCAGCAUGUCGAUGGAGAAGUAUUUGAUGUGGAACUUACAAAAGAUGUUCAUGGGCUAGGCAUAACUAUUGCUGGUUAUGUUGGAGACACAAAUCAAGAGCCUUCUGGCAUCUUUGUGAAAAGCAUCACUCAGGGAAGUGCAGUUGAGCAGGAUGGAAGAAUACAUGUUGGGGACCAGAUAAUAGCUGUGGAUGGAACAAAUAUUCAAAGCUUCACUAACCAGCAAGCUGUGGAAGUGCUGCGUCAUACAAGUCAAAUGGUGUGUCUCAUUUUAAUGAGAAGAGAAAUUAAACCAGAAGCCUUGAUGCAGUCUGAGUGUAAAGGUGAAGUGAAACCUGAUAAGAAUGGAGAUGUCAUCACAUUAGAUGACAAACCCCCCACAGUAUUGAAUGAAGAACCAUCACCACCAGAGAACAGGACUUCAAGUUCUGCCCCAAUCGAUGAACAAGAAAUUGAAUCUGAGUUGGAAGGUGAAGUCAGGUUCACAGUCACGGAUACUUCUCUUAGUGGAUUUCAACUCAGUUUGUCAGAAGAAGAAAGCCUUUGUGUUAAAUGGCAGGAGAUUCUUGGUGCUAACUAUGAAAUUGUGGUGACACAAGUAACAAAGUUCAGUGAAAGCAGUGGCCUGGGCAUAAGUUUGGAAGCCACAAUUGGGCAUCAUUAUAUUCGUUCUAUUCUACCUGAGGGCCCUGUGGGGCGCAAUGGCAAGUUAUUCGGCGGAGAUGAGUUAUUGGAGGUGAAUGGUAUACCACUCCUUGGUAAGAAUCAUAAAGAUGUUGUCAGUAUUCUAAAGGACUUGCCUAUCAGUGUCACCAUGGUCUGCUGCCAUCCCAUCCUUGAGAUCAAAAUGGAAACUGAUAUUAAUAAUGUGGUUUCCAAAGAAGAACCUGUUCAAGCAAAUGAAGAGGUAUUAGAAUUUCUUCCUUCAUCAGCAACUCUGGCUUGGAGUAGUGAUCAAGAGGAACCUGUUGGUGACAAAAUGUUUUUACAGAUGCACACUGAUAAUGAAUUCACAUCAACCUCUGAGGCAGAAAACGGUGCUGUGGUUGACAUGGACAGAGAGCAGAGUUGUGUGGAUGCACAAGGAUCUCAACUAGCUAUGUGGGAAGCUGAAAUCCAAAACAUCGAAUUGGAGAAAGGUAGUUCUGGGCUUGGUUUCAGCAUUCUGGAUUAUCAGGAUCCAGUUGACCCACUUCGGACAGUCAUUGUGAUACGGUCAUUAGUACCGAGUGGUGUGGCUGAACUAGAUGGUAGACUUCUUCCAGGAGAUCGACUCAUGUUUGUUAACCAAAUUAACCUGGAGAAUGCUAUUCUUGAGGAAGCUGUUCAGGCGCUGAAAGGUGCAUCAGGAGGCAGCGUUCGAAUCGGAGUAGCCAAGCCUUUGCCGCAGUUUUCUCCAGAAGAUGGAGAUGUGCCUACUAAUGAAGAAUCCAUACUCUCCUUUGAUCAACCUUGUGAUGGUGUUGAGGAGGAAGCUGCCGAUGCUGCUGUCUUUCAUGCAGAGUUAGCAAUGGUAGAAGCAGCCGAAACUGACUUUGCUGAUGAAAAGACAUCUGAGGAAGAGGACCUCCAUCAGGCCUCCACUGUGGCCAUGCAUGGCAGUGCAUGUAGUGAAGACCUCUCACUUCCAUCAAUGUUUUACAAGGAUGUACAGGAAAGUUCAUUGGGUGAUUGCAGUGUAUCCUCCAUCAAAGAAAAUGAAGGGAAACAGAUGUCCUUAGCCAGAAGAUUUGUGAAAACCAUUACCAUUGCAAAAGACAACGCUAGUCUUGGAAUGACCGUGAGUUCCAGUAAGGAUGGCUCAGGAAUGAUAGUGCGUAACAUUAUUCAUGGCGGCUCCAUUAGUCAUGAUGGCCGAAUUGGGGUAGGUGACUGCAUCUUAGCAAUGAAUGGGGAACCAACGACAGAUCUUACCAAUGCACAGUCCCGUGCAUUACUACGAAGACAUUCUUUAAUUGGACCAGAUAUAAUAUCUCCUUCUGCAUCUGGUGAUGAUCAGUCCUCAUUUUACGUUGUUACAUAUGUGCCUGCAGAAAAUCUGGUCAAAUAUAGGACCAUGAUGAGUCAACAACUUGAUGAAAUUACUGCAAUUGAUAGUUUAUCUCUUCCGCCUGUCAGUGCUGAACUCCCCGAGAGAGAGGAAGGUGAAGGAGAAGAGAGUGAGCUUCAGAAUUCAUCUCACAAUAACUGGAAACAAGCUCGACGUGUGGAGCUCUGGCGUGAGCCCGGAAAGUCCUUAGGAAUUAGCAUCGUUGGUGGAAGAGGAAUGGGUAGUCGCCUAAGUAAUGGAGAGGUCAUGAGAGGAAUAUUCAUUAAACAUAUUCUGGAAGACAGCCCGGCUGGAAGAAAUGGAACAUUAAAAACUGGAGACAGAAUUGUUGAGGUAGAUGCAGUUGACUUGCGUGAUGCAAGUCAUGAACAGGCAGUUGAAGCCAUUCGGAAAGCAGGCAAUCCUGUCGUGUUUGUGGUGCAGAGUUUAAUAACCAGACCUCGGAAACAACCUUUGUCUUUCCUGCAGUCUAACCCUUUGCCUGAAUCAAGCAACAACAGCGGCAGUACUAACCCAUUUGCUGACUCUUUUCAGACCCGCGUUAGACAGGUUUCUGCAUAUCAAGCUAGGACUUUUCCACGUCCUUUCCCAACUAACUCAUUUGCAAACAAUCCAUUUAAGGUAUCCAAUCAAUCAGAUAUAGAGACUGAAAUAACAUCAGCACUCACUGGUUCACAUUGGUCACCGCCUGUAUUAGUUGAAAACGAGGAGGAGACCAGCAGUAUUGUGCCAUUACCAGGGAAUAAUGGCGUAAAGUCAGAAGAUGAAUUAGAGGAAGAUGAUGAAUUUGGAUACAGCUGGAGGAAGAUCAAACAACGCUAUGGAAGCUUGAUGGGUGAGCUGCAUAUGAUUGAACUGGAAAAGGGGAAGAGUGGACUGAGCCUCAGCCUCGCUGGGAACAAAGACCGAUCCAGAAUGAGUGUUUUUGUAGUUGGCAUUGAUGCAAAUGGAGCUGCUGGCAAAGAUGGCAGGUUACAGAUUGCAGAUGAAUUACUGGAGAUUAAUGGGCAGUUACUGUACGGACGUAGUCAUCAAAAUGCUUCUUCAAUAAUCAAAAGUGCACCCUCAAAAGUGAAAAUUAUUUUUAUCAGAAGCACAGAAGCAGUCAAUCAAAUGGCAGUCAGUCCUGUAAAAUCAUCUGAUUUGACAUCAACUUCAGGAACCCAGCAGGAGGGUGGAAUAUGUCCAACUUCAUUUAAGAAUACUCAGGAUAUUCUACUUACUAAGGAUCAAAGUGGACUCGGCAUUGCAAUUAGUGAAGAGAGUACAAAUGAUGGCGUGGUCAUCAAGAAUCUAACAGAAAAUGGAACAGCAUCAAAGGAUGGAAGGGUUAAGGUUGGGGAUCGAAUCUUGGCAGUCGAUGAUGAACCUGUUAUAGGUCACCCUAUAGAAAAGGUUAUAAGUUUGCUGAAGCAAUCAAAGAAUACAGUUAAACUAACCAUCAGUUCAGAUGAUGUGAAUUCACAGCAGCCUCAGACACUACCUGCUGUCACCGCUUCGAUAGAUGUGAAAAGUAUUCAGCCGCCUUCAAUGCACAACCCUGUUGCCUCACCUGAUCUAGAUUCCAGCAAUAAGGACUCGAGCAGAUCUUCAACACCGAGUUCAUCAACAUUAGACAUGGCAACUUGUCCAAUUAUUCCUGGACGGGAAACAACCAUUGAAAUUUCCAAAGGGCGCACUGGACUUGGGCUUAGUAUCGUUGGUGGAGCAGAUACCUUACUGGGUGCCAUAAUUAUUCAUGAAGUGUAUGAAGAAGGAGCUGCAGCGAAAGAUGGCAGAUUGUGGGCUGGAGAUCAAAUACUAGAGGUUAAUGGAAUAGAUUUGAGAGUUGCCACUCAUGACGAAGCAAUAAAUGUUCUAAGACAAACUCCUCAGAAAGUCCGGCUGACAGUCUACAGAGAUGAAGGCCAUUAUAAGGAGGAAGAUAUAUAUGACUUUCUCACUGUUGAAUUGCAAAAAAGGCCGGGUAAAGGGCUUGGACUGAGUAUUGUUGGAAAAAGGAAUGACACUGGAGUUUUUGUGUCUGACAUUGUGAAGGGAGGAAUAGUAGAUCUGGAUGGGAAACUGUUGCAAGGAGACCAAAUACUCUCUGUGAAUGGUGAAGAUGUUCGAAACUCAACCCAGGAGUCUGUUGCUGCUAUGCUAAAGUGUGCACAGGGCACAGUAAAAUUGGAUGUUGGCAGGUUGAAGACUGGAUCAUUCUCAUCUGAUAGAAGAGGUUCUCAGAGUAGCCAGGUCAGUGAAGGGAGUAGUGGUGGUGGGCUGACCUCUUUCUGUUCUGCUGCUUCGGGAUCUACUCAAGCUGAUGUAUAUGAAACUGGACACAGAAAACAUGCCUGGACCGAGGUCCAAGGGCUAAGGUCUGUGGAGUUUACAAAGGGUCCUACAGAUUCAUUGGGAAUCAGCAUUGCAGGAGGAGUGGGUAGCCCACUUGGAGAUGUUCCCAUUUUUAUUGCAAUGAUGCAGCCAAACGGAGUGGCAGCCCAGACCCAGAAACUGCGGGUUGGAGAUAGGAUCAUUAGCAUUUGUGGAAAAUCUACGAGGGUUGUGACCCAUUCCCAGGCAGUCAACUUGCUGAAAAGUGCUUCAGGACGUAUUGAGUUACAGGUUGUUGCAGGUGGUGAUGUUAGCGUGAUAACAAAUCAGCAGCAGGAACACGCAGCAACUACCCUUUCCCUGUCAGGGCUGACAGCAAGUAGCAUCCUUCAUGAUGAUCUAGCGCCUCCACAAUAUAAGACAAUUACUUUAGACAGAGGUGCUGAUGGUCUUGGUUUUAGCAUUGUUGGUGGAUAUGGUAGCCCUCAUGGAGAUCUGCCUAUUUAUGUUAAAACAGUCUUUGCAAAGGGAGCAGCUGCAGAAGAUGGCCGCCUGAAACGUGGUGACCAAAUCAUUGCUGUCAAUGGGCAACAUCUAGAAGGUGUUACACAUGAAGAAGCUGUCGGUAUUCUGAAGCGUACAAAGGGGACGGUUACACUAACAGUACUCUCCUAAUCGGAGCUUUACGAUAAAACCUGUGAAUGAUUUAUGUUGAUUUAAUGGACAAGACAGUAAUAGAGGAUCGUUUAGUGAAUAAUUCCACUAAUUUAACAGAGAAUGCAUUUGAAUGUACAUCUGAGUUUUUUUGUUAAUGAAAAAUACAGUAUUCUUGAACCUAUGAAAAAAAAUAUUAAAUUUGAAAUUGAUAAAAAGAAGUGGAAAUGAAAGAAAUUAAGCAUAGCUAACACAUAAUGUUAAAUUUAUGCAUCAUGUUCUUGAGAUUUAUUGCAGAAGAUAACAAAGCUAUCUUCCUUCCAAAAGCAACCUAUUUACAAUACUUUUAAAAUGUGUUAUUUGCUCUGAAGUUGAUAAUCUGGCUUUGUAUUAUUAAACAAGUCAAAAGUAGUACUGUUACCUUUAUUUCUGUAUUUUUCUUUGUAAAUGAUUCUCAGUGGAAGGAGCCACAGCAGCAACAUCAGCCCAGGAGGGUUUAGAACAACAAUUAAGUAAAUAGCUAAUUAUUUUGUUUUUGAAGGAUAAAAAUGAAACCUCGGUAAAAAAAAUACUCUUAGGAUGUGUAGUUGUGAAAAUUACAUUUAUCUAAAUAUUGUAUUUGUAUGUUGGUAUCCAGACCCAAUUCUGGGAAAUAUGAAGUAACAAUGUCCAAAUCUGCUGCUGUUCAAGUAAAGUGAGUAGCUGCUGCAAUGCUUUGGGCAUUACACAGUAUUGAACUUAUCAGUUCAGAUAGAAAUAAAUAUUCUGUUCUGUGAAGUUAGCUUUUGUCUUCAACUGUAGGAGGUAGCCCGCAAAGUGCAUCGUGCCCUCUUUUUUAAAACACAUGCAGUAUUAAUCCUUUUAAUUUUAAUGGAAUGAAAAUUGGGCAGAUUCCAUGAGAGCCAUUCCACUUUUCCGAAUUACCACCCAAAGUGGUCAAACUCAAUCCCUGUGAAUUUAACUCAAAUAUAUUGCUGCUUUUACAUAACAACCAUUUAAAGUUAUUUUUAUUUUAUGUUCAAGGGCAUUGUUUCGUUGAUUCACUAAUUGUGAGCAAGAAUUGCCAGUAAAUUAGUCAAUGACACUUGUGUAGGAGCAUACUACCAUUGUAUGAUAUUUAGUUUUGAUAUCCUGUGUACUGCUGAACUUUAGUGUGUAAAAUCUUUUGAAAACAUCUAUUUUUUGACUUUAGUUUACAAUUGUUUUAAUAGUAACUAAUUUUUAUAACUGUAGAGACAGUUUUAAAAUCUAAAAAAUGGAUUUUGUCAUUGAUAUCUACUUUUCUUAAUGUGAAUGUAAAAGCAAUAAACCAUUACAAAAUUGCU